AGAUGCAGCGCAGCAUAUUUUGCACAUGAGUUCAGAGGAAGAGGAAGUGUAGCGGGCGGACGCGCGGCGGCGGCGCGGGGUGGGGUGGGGGCGGCGGGGCUGGAAUCAGAGCGCGCAGGGCGCAGGGCGCAGCGAGCGGGAGCGCGGCGGCCACUGGCUCUGGGGAGGUACCUGCGCGGCCAGCGCCCGAGGGACCGACGACACGCGAGCGGCCGCGCCCCGCGCUCUGCCCCCACCCCCGGGGCCGCGUCGUCCGCGCGCCGCCCUGCUCUGCAUGGCACAAACUUUCAUCCCGGGACAUAGCACGCUGUCUCCGGGAGCCUGCGCCACGGUCGCCGCUGCUGGUCCCCUAAGACAGCUAUCGAGAUGGGUUGCAGUCUGAACAAGCUGGAGAAACGUGAAGAGAAGCGGCCUGGGAACAUUUACUCAACUCUGAAGAGACCUCAAGUGGAGACCAAGGUAGAUGUGACCUACGAAUACUGCUUUCUAGAGUUCACCACACUUACUGCCGCGGAGCUGCCGAGAUCCUCAGCCACGAGGUUAGCCUCUUUGCGGGACCUGCCUGACCAGCUUCUGGAGCUGUAUCAGCAAGGCUUCUCACUGGCCGCCCUGCACCCAUUUGUGCAGCCAACACCCAGGCAAGAGAAGAUCCUCCUCGAGCACAUCUUUAGGGCCAUCUUGGUCAAGAAAACCAACAGGUCUCAGAAGGCAGAGCUUCACAAUGAAGGCUACAUCUUGGAAUUGGAUUACUGCUCCUCCUUAGAACACCUGACAGACCAGAAGCUCAUCCCAGAGUUCAUUAAGAAGGUGCAGGAGGCCGCAAGUCGGGGCUUGAAGUUCGUUAGUGUGGUCCCUCAGUACCAGUCCCCUGUGAGCUCAGCAGGCAGCAGGCGAUCGAUGCCUGUUGCCAACAGUGUUGAAGAUGCCAGGGAUGUGAAAUACACCGUUGGGGACCAUUCAUCCUUGGAAAAUGAUUCUCCAAAGGCUGCAGAUAUGGAUGCUGUCACUGCGGGAGUGAACCGAAGACCGGAGCCCAACUCAGAAGAGAAUGAGGCUGGCGAGUUUCCACUGCAGGAUUUGAGGCCAGCGCUGGAUGGAUCAGAGGGUGACCCCUCGAAUGGGCACGAAGAGCUGCCCUCCAGGAAGAUGGAGAUCUUCGCCUUUUUCAACAGACCGAAGAGCCAACAGAAAUGUCGGCAGUACUACCCCGUCACCAUCCCCCUCCAGGUCUCCAGGAACGGCCAGACGGUGAGCAGUCUGGACGCCAGCUGGCUGGAGCACAUGAGUGACCAUUUCCGGAAAGGCGGUGUGCUGGUGAAUGCCGUCUUCCAGCUUGGCAUGGCCAACGACUCCUUCUAUGGCCUGACAGAUGGAGUAUUCAUCUUUGAAGCUGUUUCCACAGAAGAUAGCAAAACCACACAGGGCUACGAUGCUAUUGUUGUAGAACAAUGGACAGUCCUGGAAGGCACAGAGGUGCAGACCGACUACAUGCCCCUGCUGAACUCACUGGCAGCCUACGGAUGGCAGCUCACCUGUGUGCUGCCAACGCCCAUACUCAAGACUACCAGAGAAGGCAACCUGUCCACCAAGCAGAUUGUGUUUCUUCAGAGACCCUGUCUACCUCAGAAAGCCAAGAAGAGGGAAUCCAAGUUCCAGUGGCGAUUCUCCCGGAGUGAGAUCCACAGCAGGCAAACAAGGACAUCCAAAGGGAAACUCAGCGACAAGCAGCAAGCAGAAGAGAAUGAGAAGAAUCUUGAAGAGCAGUUCUCCAAGGCUGGAGAUGUGGGAAACUGUGUGCUGGGAGCACAGCAGUGGGGCAGAGCCCCUGAGGUCAGGGAGCAAAGUCAGGGCUCAGCAGCUGUGCAGAAUGGCCCUGCCGGCCACAACAGGGACUCGGUGGCCCUUAGGCACUCAAAUCCCAGAGCAGAGGCUGCAGAGCUUGCUGCAGGCCCCGCUCCAACAGAAGCAAAUUGAAUCCAUGGUUUGUGCUAGGCCUGCGCCGUGACUGCAAACCUUGGAAAGCUUGCUAGCAGCUGGUUUGUUCUGUGUUACCCUUUGGCUUGACCUCCCAUUGUUAGCUCAAUGGCCCUGUGAGGGCGGGUCUCUGACGGUGUUUUCUGCACAUCCACUGGAAAGCUGUCUUAAUGAUCCACUUAUAUUAGAAUGCAAGGUUGGGCUGUUCCUCCUAGACCUCGGGGCUGGCGGCCUGGCUCUGGUCCUCCUCUUCCACAAGGGAGGGCAUGGACCAUAGUGCCUGUACUGCCCCACCGGGCUCCAGUACACAUCUUGGUCAACUUCUGGGACAUCCUUCGCUACAAACCAAGGUUUUUCUGCUCACUCCUACAUGCUGCUGCUCUGGGAAAGAACUUAGUGACUUUAACCCUGCAGCCUGCCAGCUGGCCUUCCCCACCUGAGCUCUGGAGAUCCUGCUGUUGUGGAAGGCAAGGAUGUUGGAGAAGAGGAGGUACCCAAGCCUCCUGCCUGUCUUAAGGUAGUUCUAUAGAUACUGGUGAUCUGGAAACAAACAGGUAAUUCUGGAUGCCCUGGCUCUUACAGAAUGUUUAAGAAAGUAUUCUGUGUUAAUAUUAAUGCCAAAAAAUACUUUUUUUUAAAAUUUGUCUUCAACACAUGUGUGAAUAUGUUGUCAUUUUGAGCAGUUGGUAACUGAGUGCCCUUGUGUGCUAUUUUUGUUGAUGUGUCAUUGACUGAGUUGUAUGCUGUGCCUGUCACAUGUUUAUAUUGUCCAUAAAGUGUUGUUAAGGCUUUAAGUAGAAGCAAACCUUGGAGAGAGAACACCAGUUGUCUUGAUGGAAACAGCCCUGUCUCUUUCUUGUUUAGUUAUUUAAAGCAAUAAAUGACCUGAGUUUA